AUGAAGUUCGCUGCUACUGCUGUUGCGCUCGCUGUGCCCGCUGCGGCCAUUUACGUUAACUCAACCACCACUGAGGAAAACGUUAUUGGUACCACUGUCAUUACCGUGCCUUGCCUGGAAGCUAAGUGCACCGGCUCUGAAACCGAAGUCACCACUGGUUUCGUUGUUGUCACCGACAACGUGCAGAAGACCAUUUACACUACGUACUGCCCGUUGCCUUCUGAAGGCCCCGCGCCCGCUCCCGGUCCUUCGAGCGCUGAGGGUGAAUCGAAGCCUGCCCCUGAAGGUGAAUCAAAGCCUGCUCCUACUGGUCCCGAAGGUACCGUGUACGAAACCAACAUCCAAACUACUCGUGUGACCAUUACCUCGUGUGAAGACAACAAGUGCAACGAAGUCGAAGUUGAAACUGGUCUCACCACUGUUACUGACAACGAAAAGAAGACCGUGUACGUGACGUACUGCCCUCUUCCUUCGACCCAACCUGAACAACCUCCUGCUCCUGCCCCUUCGCAAUCUCCUGCUCCUGCACCUUCGCAACCUCCCGCUCCUGCUCCUACUACUGAGUCGAAGCCUCCCGCUCCUGCCCCUGCUCCUUCGACUCAACCCGAGCAACCUCCCGCUCCUGCUCCUACUACUGAGUCGAAGCCUCCCGCUCCUGCUCCUACUACUGAGUCGAAGCCUCCCGCUCCUGCUCCUACUACUGAGUCGAAGCCUCCCGCUCCUGCUCCUACUACUGAGUCGAAGCCUCCCGCUCCUGCUCCUACUACUGAGUCGAAGCCUCCCGCUCCUGCUCCUACUACUGAGUCGAAGCCUCCCGCUCCUGCCCCUGCUCCUUCGACUCAACCCGAGCAACCUCCCGCCCCUGCUCCCACCACUGCCGCUGAAGAAUCGAAGCCUCCUGCCCCUGCUCCUGCUCCUACUACUGAGAAAUCGCAGGCUCCUGCUCCCUCUCCCAACACCACCCUUGCUGAAGAACUGAGACCCGCUCCUUCUGGUCAACCCGCUCCUUCGGUCAGCAUUCCUGGUGUUGAAACCGCCAACGGUGCUUCGGGUGCUGGUUUGCCUAUGCUUGUGGCUGGUGCCGCUAUCUUCCUCAACUUGUUGUAA